UCCCGAGGCCGCCGUACUUAUAUAAAGUCACAAGGGGGAAAGAAGUAGGGGAGCUCGGGUUCCCUUUUUAGGUUCCACCUCCCGUCUCCUCUCCUUCCUCCCUUGCGGUUCUCUUCGACUGUACUAUCUCCAACGUUGCCACUGCUCGCUUGGUAGUAACUACUAAGAGGAUGAGCGUAGGAGAAAUAAGACGUCUGUGUCGGGAUCCUCGAUCCCAGGUCCGGCUAUACUACCAGUUGCUGCCGAAAGCUACGCCAAUUCCACGAUAUUACAGUAACCAGCGAUACACGCCAGUGUCAACUCCGUCGAUCGCCUCAACGAAGAGUACAGCCCUGGCAACGAAAGAUACGGAAAAGACCGGCGCAGUAGACUAUUUUCUCACAACAGUGGAUCAGGCGGUCAACUGGGGCAGACAAGGGUCCCUUUGGCCUCUGACAUUUGGCCUCGCCUGCUGUGGUAUAGAGAUGAUGCACGCCUCUAUGCCUCGCUACGACAACGACCGUCAAGGCAUCAUCUUCCGGGCAUCACCACGGCAGUCAGAUCUCCUUAUUGUCGCAGGCACAGUGUGCAACAAGAUGGCUCCGGCUCUCCGUCAGCUAUACGACCAGAUGCCGGACCCGAAGUGGGUUCUGAGCAUGGGGAGCUGCGCCAACGGAGGGGGGUAUUAUCAUUACAGCUACAGCGUCGUUCGAGGAGUGGAUAGGAUAGUGCCUGUCGACGUCUACGUCCCGGGGUGCCCGCCCACGGCAGAAGCUUUGCUGCAGGGUAUUUUUCAGCUGCAGAGGAAGAUUAGAAAGACAAAGGUGACGAGGAUGUGGUAUCGCAAGUAAAAGAGAAGACGAG